UUCAUCGUCCUGUUACUCCCCUGCCCUCCCCAUUCCGGACCCCUAAUUCAUUAGAACCCGAUCCCAUCGAAUUCGGGCCGUAAAAAAGUAUCCAGAGUCUUUCCUCCCCUUUUCUUGAUGGCGUCCUCCGGCGGCGGUGCGGUGGUCUGUCGGAGCAGCAGGUGAAGGGGGCGGCAUGGCGUCGUCGCAGAAGCGGAAGAAGUGGACGGAGGAGGAGGAGCGGUCUUUGAUCGACAAGUAUGCGGAGAUGGCGUCCGACGGCAGCCUCGCCCGCAUGCGGACGCGGGAGAAGAAGUUCCGGCCCAUCGCCGCCCACGUCAACGCCGGCCACCACGCCGUCGACCCCGUCGCCUAUCCCUUCGUCUGGUCCUGGAAGGACGCCUCCACCAAGGUCCAAAAUAUGCGACACCAGUACCUCCUAGUCAAGCAAAAGCUCAUCUCCGCCCUCCCUUCCCAAUUUGACGGUUCUCACGAUCCCUCCGCCGCCAUCGACUGGGGCGACGGCGUCUCCCACUGGCCCAACUUCAUCCGCUACAAGCAAGUCUUCGGCGACGCCCCGCUCCCCCCAAAACCCCCCGAACCUCCCCCUCCCCCUCCCCCUCCCCCUCCCCCCUCCGCCGCCGCCGCCGCCGCCGCCGUUCCGUCCUUUCCGGCGGCCAUCGAUGACGGCGAUCUGGGGCUGGGGCUCGGGUUCGACUGCUGCGGCGGGGAGGAUGUGGACGAGGAGGGGUUCGAUUACGAGGAGGUUGCUGCUGUGGCGGUGGAGACGGAGACGGAGCCUCCGCCUCCGCCGCCGCCUCCUCCUCCUCCGCCUCCGAUGCCGCCGGCAAGGUUGAGGAAGAGGAGGAGGAAGCGGCCGGAGCGGCGGCGGGCGUGGGCGGCGCUGGCAGUGCAACUGUCGCGGCUGAGGGAGCGGGAGGCGAGGCUGGAGGAGCGGGAGGAGGAGAGGGAGAGGGAGCGGCGGCAGCGGGAAAGACUGGAUGAGGAGGUGGAAGAGGAGAUGGAGAAGCAGCGGGAAAAAGCGAUGAGGGAGGCGGAGGAGGCGAGGCGGCGGCGAAGGGAGCAGGACAGGGAGUGGGAGGAGCGGAUGGAGGAGCGAAGGACCGAGUGGAGAAAGAGAGUCGAGGAGAUGCUGAGCCAGCACCGGGCCGAGAUGGAGCAGAUCCAGGCAAGGAUCCUCCAUGAGCAGCAGAGCAUCAUUGGCCAGCUGCUCGGUAUCCUUUCCCAGUGGGCUGCGUGCCCUACUGUUGGAGGGCUCUCGGACGGCGGUGCAGGGCUUGGAAGCCACCCCCACCACCCCCACCACCAUCAGCAUCACCAGCCCUACCACUCCCAUCUGAUGCAGGGCUUGCACCACAUGAAUGGGAUGGUUCCGGGGGAGAAUCGGGUUGGUGGGGAUGGGCAGGAAGACCAGUUUAUCGUCGAUGGAUGAUCGAACUUGGACCUUUCGGGUGUGUUCAUCGUGAAAGUGGAUUGUUUGGAAGAUUGGUAACAUGGAUGAGUGGUAGAAGAUUCAAAAUUGUAAUCCAAUGGAUGCCAAUUGAAGCAUCAAGGCAUAACUAAAGGGAUGUGAAUCCUUCCUGGUUUGUUAUGUGAACUGCUGCCACUUUUCAUCUGUUCGAUUGUUGUUGUGAAUUGAUUGUCGUCGUGCUUCAGGAGCUUGAGAGGAACAACUACACAUGCCUUCACAAACAUGGUUCUGAUGGGUGAUUUUUGAUUUCAGUGUACUGUUUGAUCUGACUUGCAUUUCUUUUGUUACUGGAGUGGCGGAGAAUCUCAUUUACAGCUGCUAUUAGGUUGUUUAACAAAUCAUCCACAAAGAUGAUCUGGCAACAGCACUCGGCGGCAAACAGUUGACAUGCUGCCCUAUUCUGGAAAUGGUGGUUGGAUUUUUCUUUU